AUGUCACUAUGGGCAAGUACUAAACCAAUUUUUGGAGACGAAAUUGUUCUACGUUCAAUCGAUUGGUUGGAGAAUUUUCCUUGGAGAAACGAGACAUCAGUUAAAACUGAGAAAGAUAAGUAUGAAAUUCGAUUGCAUUUAAAAAGUUUUACGCCUGAGGAGAUAAGUGUUAAAAUACAAGAUGGUUUUAUAGUUAUUGAAGGCAAACACGACGAGAAACAGGACGAAGAAGGUUUUAUAUCUCGACAUUUUGUGAGACGAUACGCGAUACCCGAUGAUUGUCGAAUCGAGGCGGUACAAUCUAGAAUGUCCUCGGAGGGAAUACUCGUUAUCAGUGCUCCGAGGAAACCUGUCGUACGCCGGGACACUGUCAUACCAGUCUCACACGAGGGCAACGUUAAAUGUAAAUUGUAA